AUGAAUGACCAGCUGCCGAUGACGUGGCAGAGCAUAGUUUACAGUAGGCAGAAGAAGCUGGACAAUCGCUUGGAGUAUCAGAUCGGUUGGGAGCCUUCCUCCGUGCCCAAGAAUAGCAUCAUCGCCAGCAAGUUGGGCUGUGACCCUGUGCCACAAGGACUUUGCAGUUUAGUGCUGGAUGAGGCGUCUCGCACUGUGCGUAUUGCCUCCACCUUGGAACCCUCUGCAUCGGUGAACUUGGAGUAUCUCAUGCUGGCGCUCAAGGUGCGACGUACGGCGUGCCGUGAGCCUUUGUUCUCCUUAGAUCCUGUUGACCCCCAGAACUUGGAAUCGACCCCACAGAUGAAACGCUAUGAGCCAGCUUGGUUGGCUGGUACCAGCGUGGGCGAUAUCAUGUUCCAGGCUGACUACUUUUUGAAAGAGUUGGCACUUGGGGAGUACACCAUGCCC